UUUUUAAUUUUUAAUUAUUUAUUUGAAAGCUGGUGCUUCACAUGUGGUCCCAUAUAAAUGAUCAAGGUUUGGCCAACAGUUUUUGAGUUAUACUUAAUAAUUUAUAUUGAAGUCGGUUGUACAAAAUUUAGAAAUUUUUUAAUAUGAUAAAUUUUUCGUCUAUGACAUGGACUCUUAUGGGAUCAUCAUUAUCGUUUUCACCUUUAUGGCCUAAUUAAUUCCACUGCUGAACACAAGCUUCCCGCAAAGAUUACCUUCUUACUAAGGUUUGCUAUAGUGCUAUGCUUACCAGGCGGGUUGGCAAUCUUUUGGCAGUUUUAUAUUAUUUUGAGUUGUUAUACCCCAGAGGUGAUGCGAGGUAUUUGGAUUCUCUUACGCCACUAUAUGGCGAUUAAUUACGGACUAAUAUAUCUUUCUAAUAGAUGCUUUGCAGGCUAGCCAAUGUAACACACUUCCGUGGUAUAAAUGAUUAUUGCUAAUAUUUCAUUUUUGCAUUUUUAGUUCCUUUUGAUGAAGACGACAAGGACAAGUCUGUUUGGUUUUUAGACCAUGAUUACUUGGAGAACAUGUAUGGGAUGUUUAAAAAAGUAAACGCCCGUGAGAAGGUUGUAGGCUGGUACCAUACUGGGCCUAAACUACACCAAAAUGAUGUGGCAAUAAAUGAAUUGAUUAGACGUUAUUGCCCUAACUCUGUUCUUGUUAUUAUUGAUGCUAAGCCAAAGGAUCUUGGUUUGCCCACUGAAGCAUACCAGGCUGUUGAAGAAGUUCAUGAUGAUGGUAGUCCUACAACGAGAACAUUUGAACAUGUGCCUAGUGAAAUAGGUGCAGAAGAGGCAGAAGAAGUUGGAGUUGAACACUUGCUACGAGACAUUAAAGAUACAACUGUUGGUAGUCUCUCACAGCGUAUCACUAAUCAAUUGCUCGGACUUCGUGGCCUUCAUUCACAGCUUAGCGAAAUCCGCGAUUACCUCAUUCAAGUUGGUCAGGGAUCCCUACCAAUGAACCACCAAAUCAUAUACCAGUUACAGGACAUAUUCAACUUAUUGCCUGAUAUUGCUAGUGAUAACUUUAUUGAUAAUCUCUACAUCAAGACUAAUGAUCAAUCUCUCGUUGUAUACCUAGCCGCACUUGUCAGAUCUAUAAUAGCUUUGCAUAAUCUUAUCAACAAUAAAAUAACAAACAGAGACGCAGAAGAAGGAAAGAAAGAAGAGUCUAAAGAAAAGAAAGAUAAAAAAGAUGAUAAAGAUGAUAAGAAGACAGAAGACAAAGUAAAAGCAGAUAAAAAGGAAAAGGAAGAAAAGAAAAAGUAAUUUAGAGUCAGUAGUUUAAGUGAUCGAAUACUGGAUUAUUUUUAAAAUAAAUUGUAUUUACUAAUUCUU